CUCACUCACACUCUCACUCUCUCACUCAAGAAAGCAAAAAUGGGGUUUGCAAAAGCUCUGGUUUUUGUUCAGCUCUCUAUUCUCCUACUAAACUCCUUGGUUCGUGCCGACUUUUGGGCCAUUGAAGCUCAGGCACCGGUGCCGCCGCGCCACCACGGUUACUAUGCACACCCCAUAGCCGCCCCUGCCCAUCCUCCCACCCACGGCGGCCAUCACCACCACCACCCCAAACCUCACCCACACCCACCAACCGCCGCUCCAGUUCACCCCCCGGUCCACCCUCCGGCUCACGCUCCUGCUCCCCACCACCACCACCAUGCUCAUCCACCUUCUCACGCCCCGGCUCACUCUCCUUACCACCACGCUCCCGUUCAGCCCCCCAGCCACCCUCCCACUCACCCCGCACCACCAGCUCACGCUCCGGCCCCAGUUCACCCUCCUAAGAAGCCCUUCCCACGUAGCUUCGUCGCCGUUCAAGGCGUAGUCUACUGCAAGUCGUGCAAGUACUCCGGCAUCGACACUCUCCUCAACGCCACCGCCAUCGCCGGUGCCACCGUGAAGCUCCAGUGCAACAACACCAAGUACCCGCUCGUCGUUACAGGCAAGACAGACAAGAACGGCUACUUCUUCAUCACAGCUCCCAAGACCAUCACCACCUACGGCGCCCACAAGUGCAAGGCCUCCCUCGUCUCCACUCCCACCACUGCAUGCGCCAAGAUCACCGACUUCCACGGCGGACUCACCGGUGCCGCUCUGAAACCAACCAAGCCAUUCCUGUCCGAGAAGAAGCUCCCCUUCCUUCUCUACACCGUCGGUCCUUUCGCCACGGAGUCCAAAUGCCCCCGUUGAUUAGUUCAAUUUACAAUCUCUACCAUCCUGAGUCCUAGAAGACCGCGCCAUCUUGUGUAUUAGGGUUUAUGAGUUUUAAGGGUUUUCCCUCCCAACAUGGUUUGUAAUGAAUGGUUUAAAUUUGGCCCUGCGUGCUUAAUUACUUGGUUUACAAUAAGUAAUGACAGUUAAUUAAUUGAAAUCCCUGUUUUUACUCUGGUUAAAUUAGUCAUCUAUUUUAACGUCUAGUGAUUCAACGGUCAUAAGUAGAUUACAGGAGUACCUGUUUGUAGAAUGGCAGACAGCCAGACAGGUAGCUUUCACUUUCACUGAGAAUAGAAAAAAGCUUUGAAGAUAAUUACGA